GGAGGAGGAGAAGCCCGGGCGUGUCCUCGGCACCGAGUCCGAAAUCGGUAUCGGCUACUGCCGAUAUGAGUUCGAAAUUCAUAAUCGAUAGUAUGCUACCUAAGUAUCACCAACAGUUCCAUCAUCAACAGUUGUUCUCAAGCGCAAACCCCGGCACAAUCCAGGCUUGCACCACAAGUCCCGCCACCGCAAGUCUAGAAUCGAGUUUAUCCGCGGCUGCAGUCGCGGCCGCGGCAGUGAAUUACGCGCAACAGCACAAUUCUCCUAGCCCGACGGGCUCCAGUCCCCAGCACUCGGGAAGUUCAGCCUCUACGUCACCGGCUGCACGCACCACUUCUAGCAUGUAUCCGUACGUGUCGGCGGCAGCGGCGCAUCAUCAUCAUCAACAACAACAAGCGGUCGCGGCAGCGGCCUUCGGUGCUACAUCCAGCAUGGUGCCAGGCUUCGGUUCGACCGCGGCCUCGAGCGCCGCGUUGGCAGCGGCCGCGGCCGUCGACGCCGCCACCGCCGGUGACAAAUCUUGCCGUUAUACCGCCAGUCUUACCGGGAACGUGGCACCAACGUCCGCCGAUCCGAUGGUAAAUUAUACCCUUAGCCAUCAUCAUCAGAGCGGCGCUACCGCGUCAGCCUCCUCCGCUGUUUCCGCAGCGUCCGCCUCCAUGGCUGCUGCUGCACAGUUCUAUCAUCAGGCCGCCGCUGCAUCGGCUGUCGUUGAUCCUUUGACAUCCUGCCAACAACCUACCACCGGACAACCCAGCAUCUCGGACAUACCACGAUAUCCAUGGAUGUCGAUCACCGUUAUUUCGCUGAAACAUUUUUGGCUAGAAAUUUUGUUUGUUCGGAGCGUGUUGACAUUGAAGACGAGAUUUCCGUUUUGUAAGGUUUUGAGGGAUUCCAAUGCCGAGUGGAAUUUUCAGGCGAAAGUUAACUUGAAACAACUAAGG